AUGGUGAAAUUAACAGAGGCUCAGGAACAAUACAUCAUGAACAAAUGGGACCAUUUGGAUAAGAAAACGAUAACUGCCCAAGCUUUGGCAAGGGUAUUCGCGGUCUAUCCCUGGACGACCAGACUGUUUAAAAAUUUCAAUGGCCAUUUUGCAGUCGGUGACCCUGGUGUUCAGGCUCAUGCAGACAAAGUGCUAAAGGCUCUGAACACUGCAAUUAAGGAUUUGAAGAGUAUUGAAACCAAUUUCUAUGAUCUCAGCAGUAAACAUCAAAAAAUCGGAGUGGACACUCAGAAUUUCAAGCUUCUCAGCCAGGCCUUCAUUGUUGAACUCGCUCUUCAUGAUAAAAAGGCAUUCAGACCAGAGGAACAUGAAGCUGUCUACAAGUUUUUUAAACUGGUGACAGAAGCUCUCUCCAGCAACUACCAUUAA